CCGAGAUAGUCUUCCGGUACCGAUGGCGUAACAACUUUACUCUCGUUAAAUACGCGAAGGGAAAUACUGCUUAACUUCCCUUUUUUACAAGCACAGCGGCACACAUGUUAUCUACUUGCUUUUUAUAAUUCAUCAGGGAACGUAAUUAAAGAGCUUUCCAAGCUUCCUGACUAAAAUAAGUAAAGUUUGAGUACAUUCUGUGUCCAAGGGCCAGAUGAAUUAACUGAAGUCGUACAGAAGACUCCUUUCUAGCAAUGCGUGCUGGAUUUUUAGGCACUAAAGAAAAGGCCUGUCCUGCAUUCCAACAAUCGACUGCCGUUGCUCCGCUCUCCUCACCUCGGAACAGUCAUGUUACAAGUGAUUCAGCGGGUCACUCGGAGGACGAAUUACUCAACACCGCGGAAGCAAAUCAGUCUGAGCGACACUGUGAAGGCAGUCAUCUAGCCAACCUUCAACAGGAGCAGACUGCAAGCCAAGCAAACACAGCAAUUCCACUGGUCCAGAGAUCUCACCGACGACCAGUGACAUCAGAGACGGUCAAUGAAAAUUGCAAACCACUUUUAGAUUCUCCCAUUUCAUCAAAGAAGACAAAUGCCAACUACCACCCAACGCAGCAGCCAUUGCAUAUUUCACCAAGGGCUUUGGAUUGUGGACAAAUGAGAGCUCAAAAUCUCAACUGUGCCCCUUCAACUGUUGGUGGGAAACAGAUUAGUUCUCCCCCAUUAAAAUGUGGACAUUCGCCAAGACGAGGACAAAAGCCACCAACAGAUGAACAAAUACAAUCCGUGAUUGAAGAAAGGCUUGCAUACUUUAUGACUCUAAACAACAGUGAUCAUGGAUCCGCAGCCACUCCCAAAGAAUGUCAGGAAGUGAUGAUGGAAGUCACCGCGACCUCCACCAAGCAUCAAGAGCAGCCGAUUGUGACAAAGCGCCGCCCUUGUUUCAAGGUCAGCAAUGGCUCACUACGAAAUCAAAAUAAGUCGUUUGGCUCCAAUAUGAGCAGUAAACAAGAACGUUGCCAGGAUGCUCAUGCCAGGCCAGUCAAAUUUGCAGAAAGUAAGAGUGAAAGGACAUCCACUGUACAAAGUAUAAAGGAAGCACAAUACGAAGACAUUUCCGAUGAUGACGGAGAAAGGAUCAAAGUAUGUUGCAAAACGCCCCAGUACGAAGACAUUAGUGACGAUGAAACAUUUGAGAUGCCAUCACCGACUGAAUCCAGAAUGUCACCAACACAAAGUGACACCGACCCACAGCAGGGCCAGACUGAUGCUUAUUGUGUUAUUCCUCUACACCUUUUGUCCCUGAAAUAUGAAGCCCCAAAAGACCAGCGUGAUGUUGAUGAAGGUGCAACAAAAGAGACUAGGGAGCAAGGUCAACCAGCGCCGGCUUCGAUACCAUCACCAGUCCCCUCGCCUUCUGGUUUAAAGGUCUACGACUCGUCAGAAACGUACCAACAGGUCAACGCGAUGCAAUUUGCCGAGCAUUUCGCAGUGCUUGAGGACGAAAUGGAUGAGAAGAAAGAAACCUUUCAGAAGGAGGGUCUUUCAUCCGCUGAUCUUGACAGCAGUGAAACUGAAGACAGUUGCGAUUACUCCACUGGAUCGGAGCCCAACUAUAUGACCGUGUCGAAGCAUCUGCUGAAUAGAUCAGCACCGUCGUGUUCUGAGGAUGUCCAUUCUGAGCACAAAACUAAGGUGGAACAUCGGCAAACAUCUGCGGGUUUUAAGGAGCAUAAACACAAAGCCAACAAACUAACUGACAACGUGAUAACAAAUAAGAUCCUUAUCGUCGAUUCAUCAGAUGAUGAAAAUGAUGUGCAACUGAUUGACACCACAGAUUCUCUGCAUGUCCAAAUCAGUACCAGCAGAUCCAUCACACCAGGAGGUGGUAUCAGCCUGGACUGUAAUGGGAGAAAACAUCCCAGGAACAAAAGAUUCUCCUCUGGGUCACUGGACAUCACGGACGACAUUUUGGUUCCACAGAAAAAAGCAUCAAUUGAAAACAACCUGUGACAGUACAUGACUUGUGUGUGUACACAAGUCACAUGAACAGUUUUGCGUAGAUUAGUCGCAAUAUAUUCAACUUGCAGGCAGUAUUUUUCUUGAUAAAUGUGUCUUGAACAAUAAAAGUCAUUCCAAAA